CGGAACCAACCCUCGGGCAUGCUUUGAGCAUAGCCCAUAGCUUGGCUCGUGCGCGGCUUUGUGUCCAGGCGGCCUGGUGGCGACGCCGGGGCACAGUGAUCACGGUGACGAGGCCAUGAAGAGAAAUGGCAGGCCUGGGGGCAGCUCCGAGCGUUUCCCAGGCAUCAUUGUCCAGAGCGGAGCAUUACGCCGCGGAGGCCGCGUCUUUCGCUUUCAACGGCCAGCUGCGGAAGUGCCAGCGGGCCGCGCAGUGGCGAGACGCGUUGCUUCUUCUGCGCGGCCAUGGAACCGUUCGCCCGGAUGUGGUGAGCUUCAACACGGUGGCAGCCUGCAGGAGAUGGGCUGGCGCCGCGUGCUGCGAGUGCUUGGAUCGGCGCCCAAGCCAGACGUGGUGAGCUUCAACACGGCCAUCAGCUGCUCGUGGCACAACGAUCUGCUUCUCGCGGACAUGGCCUGGCAUGGAGUACUGCCGAACGCCGUGACUUUGAACACGGCGCUUCGCCAAACCCGGCGAUGGCGAUCCGCGCUGCUCUUCUGCGACGCAGCGCAGUGGCGGCGCCUGCGCCGCGACGCGAUCACGGCCUCGAGCUGCGCCAAAGCAUGCGCAGAGCGGUGGCAGGUUGCAGACGAAGUGCUGCUUCGCAUGCGGCUUUGCGACCUGCCUACAAUUUGCAUCCGCACCGGAAGCUGGCGCCGGAGCCUGGACAGGGAGUCGGCCAUCUAUGAGAGCUGCAAGGCAUCCUCUUGGCGCCCGGCCUUGGCGCUGCUUCGGCGCUGCGGCUGCCUGCGGGCCCAGGUGGCGGCGAUGAGUUUCGGGGCGCUGGCAAAGAGCUCCUGGCGCCAAGGGCUGCUCCUCCGCCAGGCGUUGGACGACCUGGCCUGGAAUGCCUGGCUCAGCGAUGCUCACUGGACUCAGGCUUUGCAGCAUCUUGUCCUGUCGCCCAAAAAGGACAUCGUGGCCUUGAGUAGCGCCAUGGGCGUAAGCGGGCGGGCUGCCCAGUGGUUGCACGCGCUGGCGCUGGGCGACACGCCUGGAGGAAUGCUUCGAAGAGAUGCGGGAUUCUUCAAUGCGCGGCUGAUGGCCUUGACCACCGGCCAGCAAUGGCAUCGCUGUCUCCAUCUCUUCCAGCGACUUCCCACUGCCUCGCUGUCGGCGGCCGGAGCAGCGAAUGAGGCCAUGAUCAACGCUGGGUUUUGGCGGAGGGCGCUCAACUUUGCGUCACAGGUGGCCAUGAGGCUCCCUGCGCGAGGCUUGGUCUUCAGCUCCCUGCCGGCGGAGCAGCGCCUGUCUGCCUUCCAGGACGACCUGCGGCAUGGGCUUGAACUGGACACGACCUGCCUGAACCUGGCGCUCAGCGUUGCCCCCUGGCCCACCGCCUGCUUUCUGCUGGCCUCCGACGACGGGCUCCGGGAUGUCGUGAGCUACGGCGCCGCGCUGGGCGCGUGCGCGCAAGCAGGUAUGUGGCAGCAGGCCCUGCUUUUGCUCGAGGACAUGGCCAAGGCGGAAGUGACACCCAAUGACAUUUGCUACAACUCUGCCAUCGCAGCGCUCAGCGCGGUGGGGCUCUGGCAACAGGCGCUGCUUUUGCUUCGUGGCGCCAGCCGACCGGGCUACGGCGCGGCCAUUGCCGCCUGCGCGCAGGGCGUGCAAUGGCAGCGCGCGCUGUUGCUGCUCGCUGUGAUGGAGCAGGCCUCCUUUGAGCCAAACUUGUUGGCGUGCAGCUCGGGCAUCGCUGCCUGUGCCCAGGGGGGCGAGUGGCAGCUUGCCCUGGCUAUGCUGCAGUCUUUGACCAGGGCCGAUCUGGUGGCCUACAGCAGCGCCCUCAGCGCUUGUGAGUGGCAGAGGGCUGGCGCCCUCUUGGCGGGGCUGCAAAAGCUGACUCCCAACGAGCACAGCUACACAGCCACCGUUGCCGCCUGCGAGCGUGCAUGUCGCUCACGAGAACCAACCAAAAACGUGGGUUUGCGUGGCGGAAGCCGAAGUGAACGGGACAAGAGUCCCGCAGAUGCAAUUUAAUGUGCACCGAAGCGAACGGACUGAG